AUGGAAGAUCCAAGUAAAUCAUUCAAAUCAGAAGAUAAUUUGGGCAAUCUUGCUUCAUGGAGUACAAUAACACAAACAACAUCACAAACAAUAACAAAACGUGAUCGAUGGAAAGGAAAAAUUGAUUUUCUCAUAGCAUGUAUGGGAUUUUCUAUUGGUUUGGGUAAUGUGUGGAGAUUUCCCUAUUUGUGCUAUAAAAAUGGUGGAGGAGCCUUUCUUCUACCUUACUUCGUCAGUGUGAUCGUUGCGGGUGUACCAUUAUUUCUUCUUGAAGUUGCUUUGGGUCAGUUUAUGUCUAAAGGAGCUAUUGCAGCCUGGGAUAUUUGUCCACUUUUUAGAGGUAUUGGAUGUGCUAGCACUAUGAUAAACUUUUUGGUGAACAGUUAUUACACAGUGAUUCUGGGUUGGGCAUUUCAUUUUAUUUUCGCUUCAUUCAGUAAAGAACUUCCGUGGGCUAAAUGUGGACAUUCUUGGAAUACUAACUCAUGUAUUGAUGCUGUAGUGAGAACAAAUUUAAGCAAUUCAACAUCACUUCUCCGUCAACAUAUAUUUGGAGCUGAUCCUGCUUCAGAGUACUGGGAAAAUCGUGUCUUACGAAUAUCAAAUGGUAUUGAUAAUUUAGGAACAAUUCAAUGGGAUUUAGCAUUAUGCCUUUUAUUAGCUUGGACAAUAAUAUUUUUAGCAAUAUGUAGAGGAAUAAAAACAUCGGGAAAAAUUAUGUAUAUAACUGCAACUACACCAUAUAUAUUCAUGAUUAUAUUACUUAUAAGAACAGCUCAGUUAGAAGGAGCAUUAAAUGGUAUAACGUAUUAUUUAAAACCAGACUGGGAUAAAUUAACAGAUAUGACAGUUUGGUCAGAUGCUGGAACUCAAAUCUUUUUCAGUUAUGCUAUUGGUUUAGGAGCUUUGUCUGCAUUGGGAAGUUAUAAUCGUUAUCAUCAUAAUUCAGUUAGAGAUUGUCUUUUAUUUGCUGGUGCAAAUACAUUUACAAGUUUAUUGGCUGGUUUUGUUAUAUUUGCAACACUUGGCAAUAUGUCUUAUAUAUCCAAUGUCCCAAUACAUUUAAUUGCAGAAUCAGGACCAGGUUUAGCAUUUAUUAUUUAUCCAAAAGCAUUAGGAACAUUGCCUGGUAGUCCUAUUUGGUCAUUUUGUUUUUUUAUUAUGAUUAUACUAUUGGGAAUUGAUAGUAUGUUUGGUGGAGUUGAAGGUUUUGUUGCUGCAAUCUCCGAUUACUUACCUCAAGUGAUAUUAAAUCCAUGGUAUCGAGUUAGUUUUGUUGCAGCCACAUGUAUUAUAUCUUAUGGUAUUGGAUUAUUUAUGGUGACUAAUGGCGGUAUGUACAUAUUUCAAUUAUUUGAUUAUUAUUCGGGUAGUCGUAUAAUUUUAUGUGUUACAUUUUUGGAAUGUAUCGUUAUUGGCUACAUAUAUGGAUGGAGACGGUUUGCAAAUGAUAUGAAGUCAAUGUAUGGCUUUUCACUUAAAUGGUUUUGUUGUUUAUACCUAUGCAUUAUUACUCCAUUGUUUACAUUUGUUCUGUUUAUCUUCAGUGUAAUUGUAUACGAAGAACUCACAUAUAUACGAGCUGUCAAACCUGAACCAUAUCACUUUCCGAAGUGGUCUGUGAUAUUAGGUUGGAUGAUGGCCAGUUCAAGUUUGUUCUUCAUUCCAGGUGUCAUGGUGGCAGAGGUUAUAAGAACACCGGGAACAUUUCUAGAAAGAAUAAAAUACCUGUGUACACCUCGUCUUACUCAGCAUCGUUGUUCUUUAACCAGUCCAACUUUAAUUGACCCCGAAAAUUCGGAGAUUCCAGAAAAUAAUCCCAAUGAUCAUUAUGAAGUGAAUUCGUGUACAACAGAAGAGCAAAACAUUGAAGAGGAUAAUUCAGGGAAAACAAAGAAAAAAUUCAAAGUUAGAAAUUUCUGUAGAUCGUGUAUUCGAUAG